AUGGCCUGUGUCCCACUUAUGACAAUAGAGGGCGUUCUUGUUGUGUCCCCUGGAUACAGCGUAAUCUGCCGAAUGCACGGGUACACAGGAGACGCUUCAGCCUCGCAGGAACCAAGGACCUCACAGGACCCUAUCUGGGACGUCCUUCUGGACUGCACUGGCCACGAAACCCGCCUGCACCAGUGCCGUUUAAAGAUCCCUGACGAGGAAUGUACUUCUGUCGCUUUCGUCACUUGUUCCAGAAGGAGGGGAGGAAUAGACGCCCAGCUGAGAUCGGCUCUGCCCUCCAGCUGCGGCCUGGUUGAAAAUUCUUCAGAUCUGUACAUUGGGUUCCUGGCCAAAAUAAGAGGGGGAACAACGCCCUCUCAGUUCGACUACCCGUGGAAGGUGACACUGCGCCUGAGGAAGGAGCUUGAGGAUGGAGGAAGCCUUGUGUGUGGUGGAUCAAUUAUCUCCGAAGACCUGGUACUGACGGCGGCCCACUGCUUUGGGCAAAACAGCGAACUAGCCAUGGUGGUCAGGACGGGAGAUUACGACGCCGCCUACGUCGAAGGAAGCUUUGAAGAGGAGUUCGGUAUCGAUAAGGUCUGGAUCCACGAGCAGUACGAAGACACACACUUCCAGGACAAUGACAUCGCUCUCGUCAGAAUAGAACGCAGAUGGGGGCGUGGCUUCAGGUUCAACAAGCGCGUGCGUCCUGUGUGCUUGCCGAGUUCUGACGCUUCCUAUGAAGAAAUUAGCGACUGUUCGGUUACUGGCUGGGGAAGGACCAUGAUUUUCACAAAUCCGACCCAGAGACCUAGAAAACUGGAGGUCGAGGUCUUCUCCGACUCUUUGUGUGAGGUCUACUUCGGAACAUACAACUAUUCUUCUUCUUCUGUGUGCGUCGGGACCGAAAACCCUUUCUUGAGGCGGCCCUGUUCAGGAGACUCAGGAGGAGCUCUGGUCUGCAAAACGGGUAACCGGGACGUCCUUUACGGCAUGGUGUCUGCGGGGCCCCUGUGUGGGAUUUUGUCCUUCAGCCCAGAUGUCUUCACGAGGGUUACGAAGUACAUGCGGUGGAUUCAGGAGAAAAUCGCUCCUUUUGGAUACCAACCGAACCAAGAGCGCGUUGAAAAUGUAUCGAAACAUCUCACUUACAUCAGACGACAAACCUUUACUUCUUAUUAUCUGCACCAACACAUUCCCUUCUACCAACCUGAAUGCAACAUUGCAAAUGACAUCUACAGCAACACAUUCCCUAAACAAUACACAGGCAGAGAGACAAAAUCGGACACCCAAUGUUGUCAAGAAGUGGAACUAGCAAUCAAGCAUAUUAGAUUUGCUGACAGAGACAGCGUCACAGCUCGAGACUACCUUCAAGCUAAAUUCAGGAACCGCUAA